CUCGUGAUCACAUCAUCACAUCAUCGUGAUGCUCGUGUACCGUCGGGACGUGCGUGUGCGUGUUUCGUAGCGUUCAGAAAAUUCCGUCUGCUUCAUUCCCCGCGGUUUUGGGUCGCAUCUAGCGUGAUUCUGGGAGGGUGAAAGUGAAACAAGCAGGACACAGUGCUAAAGGCAACAAAGCUUUGAAAGAAAACAUCCACAAAGGAAACACCAAUCGAGAUUGUGUGGAAAACGCAUUCGGAGGAAGGUUCAGCACAGUACAUUACAUCGGGACGAGUGAAAGCAAGUGAACAAAACCGGAAAGCGAUCGGUGAAAAUUCAGUCGUUGUGCCAUUUAGUGUUCCGGCCUUUCCGGUAGCUUUGAAGUAAACAGCGUGAAAGAAAACUCAGCAAACCCCGGCACCGCUUCACCCGACGAAUGGGCCGUGGUCCUUAUGAUUGGUCCUGUUGAUGCAAUCACGUAUCGAGAGCGUCAUACCACCGAGUGCCAGACGGAAGUGUUUAUGUAAUCAGAGCUACCGACUGCUUCGGAUUCUGGGUGGAUGUGUCUGUGAAAUCCGGCCCUUAAGCUCGGCUGGACGGCUGGGACGAAAUAAAUCCUAACCACGCCAGCUUUGCCAAACCACGUGAAGCUGAGAAUGCGCCAGGCGAGCUAAAACGGAAGCCAAAACAGAGUAAGUGUGUGCGUGCUUGUGUGUCUGUGUGUGCGCCGGGGAUUGGGUGUGAGGUGAGAAAAGUAUCUCUGUGUCCACCGUAUGCACAUAUGUGGGUUUAAGUGAAUGUACAAGUGUGUCUCGCUCUCUCUCCCUUUGUGUGUGGUGUCUUCGCAUAUGAGCUUCUGGCAAGCAUUUCUAACAACCGGAAACGCCGGAAGUGCCCAUUCUCGCCGGGAGGGCGGUGAUGGUGGUGAUGAUGGUGAAUGGUAGGUGUGUGUGUGUGACACGCGGGUGAAACAGGAUGCAUAAUAAGGAUAAAAGCUUUCCGAUCUGCCAGCAGCUAAAGUGAAUGGUGAUUAUCGUGCUCUCAUUGGCCCAUAACAGCCGUCCCUGUGAGCGUAUUCGUGUGCCUGUGAAGAUAAGUGUGUGUGUUUCACUACGGAAAAGCGCCCGAAUCAACAGUGUUGCCGCAUAAGAAUCGCAUCGCAAUACUGAACCGUGGAUCGGUUCCUUUGUGCUCGAGAAAAUGCCGGAAAAGCGUCGCCUCUAGCAGGAAACGCCGGAAACGAAAUACUUUGGGGCCGUGUGGCAGCAACGGGUUUUGCUGACAGCUCAACAGCUAUCCAUUAGCGAUAAGGAAAACCCCCCUCGGAACCGGGCCACCAGCCGAUUCGCAGCAACAGCGGCACCAGUGCGGACCGGAAAAAUAAACAACGAAUUUGGAAAGAUCAUCUUUGCCGCGCAUCGGUUUUCCCGCCCGAGCUGGUAAAGUUCUUGUGUUAGCAGUGUGUGUGUGUGCGUGAGUGAGGGAAAAAAGGACGGUGGAAAAAAAAUUCACCCGUCUAAAGAUAGCGUGCGAUAAGCGUGGAACGCGCGGAAGUGGAUAGAAAAUUGAUAUCUUGUUGUGAAAAUAUACAAGAGCUCGCCAGUCUCUGUUUGGCGGGUAACGCCGAGUGCUUCACAGUGUGGUGAAAAUCGUUCGUCAGUGUCGGUGUGCACAGGAAGAAAACGAAAGCAAAAAAAGGCCAUAGUGUGGUGAAAAUAGGAAUCGAUUCAAAGCGUGUUGGUGCCGAGUGUUUUGUGUGCGUGUGUGUGUGUGUGAUUCAUCCACGAUGGAUGUAGUUGUGUGGCCCCGAGCGUGUGUCCAUGCACGCCUCUAGGUAUGGCGAAAAUCUGACAACAGUGCGAUGACAUUUUCACGACAGUGUGCUGAGCGUGUCACCGACGAGGGUGGCGGAUGUGACCGGGCCGGACCGGCCGGGUGCUCGAAAGGUCAUCUCAUCACCUCAAGGACGAUGUCAGGCAGACGGCGAAGCGUGACGAGAGCGAUCCAGGACUGCCGGCUGGUCGGGCUGUGUGGACUGCUGCUGGCGGUGGCCAGCCUCGUCGGCGCUUCCUACUCCGAUACGGACGAUCUAAUCAACGAGCUCGAUCGACCGAUUCCCAUCACAACGGUCAGCGGAGUGUUGGGCAAACAGGCCAGCCUACCGUGCGACAUAACGCCACUCGAGCGGGACGAUGCCGUGUACAUGGUGCUGUGGUUCAAGGAGGACGACAACGAACCGCUGUACAACUUUGACGUGCGGGGCCGGCAGGUCGCCCAGGCACGGCUUUCCUCGUCCGACAAGUACUUUGGCAAGCGAGCCUUUUUCCGGGCCACCUCCCACCCGGCCCAGCUGCUGGUGGACGAGAUCAAACUGUCGGACGAAGGGAUGUACCGGUGUCGGGUUGACUUUCGCAACUCGCCUACGCGAAAUCUGAAAAUAAACUUCACUGUGAUAGUGCCACCGGAUCGGCCCAUCAUCUACGAUUCGCGGCGCCGGGAAAAGGCCAACACGGUCGAACCGUACAGCGAGGGCAGCGACAUUGCGUUGAUCUGCGAGGUCAAAGGUGGGCGACCUCGGCCAAACGUUACCUGGUACCUGGACAACAGUGUCAUCGAUGAGUCGUUCGAAACCCGACCGGACGGGACGACGGUCAAUCAUCUGUCCUAUCCAAACAUUGGCCGACAGCAUCUGGACGCCCGGCUGAUGUGCGUCGCGAGCAAUACGAACCUGACGCCGCCCAACAAUAAAGUGGUCGUGCUGGACGUCAACCUCAAACCGGUCGCCGUCCACAUCAUGGCCAAGGAAAAGUUCGUCUCCGCCGACAAGCGGUACGAGAUUGAGUGCAAAAGUUCUGGCUCCCGCCCUGAAGCGGCCAUCUCGUGGUGGAAAGGCACCCGCAUGCUGAAGCGCGUGACAAAGAACUUCUCGGAAACGGGUAACCAAUCACUCAGCGUUAUAUCGUACACGCCGACGGUGGACGAUGAUGGCAAAUAUUUGACUUGCCGGGCCGAGAAUCCGCUCAUCCCAGACAGCGCUAUCGAGGACAAGUGGCGACUGGUGGUGCAUUACAUGCCGAUCGUGACGCUCAAAAUGGGAUCAUCCCUUAAUCCGGACGACAUUAAGGAGGGUGACGACAUUUACUUCGACUGCCACAUCCAAUCGAACCCUAAACCGUACAAACUCGCCUGGUACCACGACGGAAACGAGCUCCAUCAUAAUGUGACAGCCGGCAUCAUCCUGUCGGACCAUUCGCUCGCCCUGCAAGGCGUGUCCCGCAGCCUGUCCGGAGAUUACACCUGCAUGGCGGCCAACACCGAGGGCCGCGGUACGAGCAAUCACGUCACACUUCGCGUGCGCUAUGCGCCGGUGUGUGCAGUGGACCGCGAGGAACUGUUGGGCGCUCUCAAGCACGAAACGCUGCAGCUGAAGUGUGAAGUCGAUGCGUCUCCACCGGCCGAAUCCUUCCACUGGACGUUCAACUCGUCCGGCGAGCAAACCGAGCUGCCGUCCCGUCUCCACUCGAGCGAGACCGGUCUAUCGAGGCUUAAUUACACGCCGACAUCCGAUCUGGACUACGGGACGAUAUCGUGCUGGGGACGGAACGCGAUCGGUGUGCAGAAGUCGCCUUGCGUCUUCCAAGUCGUCGCUGCAGGACGCCCGUUUGCACUGCAGAACUGUUCCGUGUCGAAUCAAUCAGCCGACUCCCUGCACAUCGAGUGCAUCGAAGGGUUCGACGGUGGGUUGCCGCAGAUGUUCCUGCUGGAGCUGGUCGAGGUGCCCGUCCUGCGAUUAGUUAGAAAUUUAAGCUUACAGCAUCCGCCGGUACAGUUCUUCAUAGAUAACCUCGAGCCGGGCAGCUCGUACCGCAUCAUACUGUUCGCCGCCAACGCCAAAGGCCGCUCGGAGCCGGUCAUAAUAGAUGAUAUCACCUUCAAGGGUGUGGCCAAAUACACAGGCGUGUCCAACGUUAUGAAUGUUCCUUUAUCACCGGUAUUAGCCGCAUUAACACUCACCGUGGCCAUCCUGUUUGCCGUAGUCUGCAUCGUACUGGCGACCAUCUACCGGCGACAUGCGACCAAGAACACGACCAAAAAACUGAAGCCCACCAAAACUGCCCAGCUAACGUCGACGCCCGACUGCCAGCUCGACUCGACCGUACAUCAUCAGACGCACGAUCCGAACGGCAUCCAGACGCCGCUGGUGGACAGCAGCUGUGGGGUAGGCGGUAUGGGUCGGGGGCGGGGUAGUCCCACGAUGGGUGGCGAACCUCCGGAUGGGGAUGAAACUGAUCCGGAUGUGAUACCGAAUCAGUACGAGCGAAGGCCACCGAAGACGACGUUACCUACGCCGCUGUUUCGCAGCCCGUCAGCAAGACUGAUACACCGCAACGGCGGUGAGCAUCUGCUCCACGAGGAGGAGCGACAUUGUGAUGGAUCCAGUCUGGCGUCGCUGACCGGGUCGAACACUGAAGUACAUCAUUACUCGUUUAAGCCUAGUAAACAAAUCAGUUAUGCCACGCUGGGCCGUGCAAACAAUAGCAGCGUCACCUCGACGCUCAGUCCACUUAGUCAGCAGGCGUCCACGGCGACGCUGCCCCUGCCGUCGAUGUCCGUUACCGGGGUCGGUGCGGUGGGGAGCCUGCUGAGCAGUCCGGCCUCCCAGUCGCUGGUCACGUCGACGCUGAACGAGUAUCGGUUUCGGCCCGAGGUGGUCACCACAUCCAACCGAAUACAGGAAAGUUGUAUAUAAACGUGUGUAGAGCGUGCCGGCGCCGCUUAGAGUGUAAGUGUUUUGCUGAGAGCGGGGGCUGAAGCGUAUAUUCAGCCGUAGCCAUACAUAUCCCUUUUGCUGAAUCUUCCGUCAAAAACCAUAUCCUUCCGAAUCAUAUCCCCCCCCCCCCCAGCCCCAUUCACCCCCCUCAUCCCUUCGUCGUCGUCAUCAUCGUCGUCGUGAGCGAGUAUGUGAGUGUAUGUACGUGUAAGUUUAGCCCAGAAUAGCUAUCGUAGAGCCUUUGUUUUAGAACAGUGAAAUGGAACGAAUUUUUCGGAACUGUAGCGCCAUAAUUAGAGGGUUCGAAGGGGCCUUCGAAGGGGGUCCCCUAAUACCGAAGGAUGUACAUAUUUUAGCCAAGUCGAUUUUGAUUGAGUGGAGGACGCGUUUGAGGGGCGACCUCCAAGGUCUGCCGCCAACACUGUCGCCGAUUGACAGGACGGCAGAAUCACGCACACAUUCGCCGGCCACAUAUCGAAGUAGCGAAACGUUUCCAAGACAUUGCGUUAAUGACUGGACAAUAAAACCUGGAUGGAAGUUAUAGAUACGGCAGCAGCAUAGCCACACGAACGUGAGUGAUUGAAGCAUGAAAAAAUAGUUUAGUAAAAUUAGCAAAUCGUUCCGAUGUCUUUCUCUUGUUUUAUCCGUCAAAACUACCACUGCCUCAAGGUUCCAAGUUGAUUUCCUGCAAUAAACUUUAAUUAAGUGUCUAAAGUUUGAUCAAGCCCCGAACAUUUUCAUUCUGGAACGCAACAACUUUUCAUAACUUAAAUCAAGCAAAAGCGAUUGGGUUCAAUCAGCUUUCUACCAAUUUCUCCGUUCGUGUUGGUUGUGCACGGGAAACGUGAGUAAGGGUGAGGAUGUACACAAGCAGCUGUAGGAGCGAAAAGGUUCGACUGACUGAUUCCAUAUUCGCACACAAACCACAGAGAGCCGGUGAAAAUUCCAAAGAGAUUCAAUUCACAGAGGUCUCAAUUAUUCACCCAAGGCUCGCAGGAGACCGGCACACAAACCGGUGCCGGUCAGAUGUUGUAUCAAACACGCGUUGUUUCUACUCACUGUACAUAGACCGCCUCACACUAAGGAAUGUACGUAGACAAAUAGGAAGUAAGUAGCGCGAAUGAGCGGAAGGGACGGAAGUCUAUCUCUGGCGGAAGGUCGGUCUCUGAGUAGGCUGCCUACUUGCCGGCCCCAAGAAACACUAGGCAAAUUCUUGUGUUUGCUUUACGUUCCGGAUUAUGAUUUCAAACAUUAGACAAAGAAGAAAUGAAUCAACGACCGAAAGCGUUAGGAGUGCGCGAGCGCUAGAAAAUGUAAAAACCUUCCACUACGAGGAAGACAAACUACCAAACAAUGAAUGGAGAAUGGAGAAAAAAAUUAAAGAGAAAACAACUGCGUACAAGGAAAACAUUCUUAAGGAUAAACGAAGAAAAAUAAAACAAAACAAGUGUAUGAUUUCCAAA